UAUCAAUGGAUACAAAAAUGAAGUUGUAUGCUCUUUUGACAUUAAGUUGUGUAGAAAUACUCUUGCAUGGCCUAGGAGCAACUGCACAACAGUGCGGAAGACAAGCAAGAGGUGCUCUAUGUGCAAACAGACUGUGUUGCAGCCAACACGGGUGGUGCGGCAACACCCCUGAGUACUGCGGAACCGGCUGCCAGAGCCAGUGUGGUGGUGGCUCCGCUCCUGGAAGCGGUGUCGGCAGCAUUAUCACUCGAGACCUUUUUAAUCAAAUGCUAAAGUAUCGAAACGAUGGAAGAUGUUCCAGCAACGGUUUCUAUACUUACGAAGCUUUCAUUUCUGCUGCUAAUUCCUUCAAUGGAUUCGGCAAAACCGGCGACGUUGCCACCAGAAAGAGGGAGCUCGCAGCUUUCUUUGGUCAAACCUCUCAUGAAACCACCGGUGGAUGGCCAACUGCACCCGAUGGUCCCUAUGCAUGGGGGUAUUGCUUUAUCAGGGAACGUAACCCUUCCACUUAUUGUAGUUCAAGAGACUGGCCAUGUCCUCCUGGAAGACAGUAUUAUGGACGAGGACCCAUCCAAUUGACUCACAACUACAACUAUGGGCAAGCUGGAAGGGCUAUUAGAGAAGACCUGAUAAAUAAUCCAGACCUUGUAGCCACAAACGCAAUUAUAUCCUUCAAGACAGCCAUAUGGUUCUGGAUGACCCCGCAGGGAAGCAAACCGUCGUGCCAUGACGUAAUUAUCGGGCGAUGGAGCCCGUCCAGGGCGGAUACCGAAGCUGGCCGGGUGCCCGGUUAUGGAGUCAUUACGAACAUAAUCAACGGUGGGCUAGAGUGUGGUCGUGGUCCUGAUAGCAGGGUGCAAAGUAGGAUUGGUUUCUACAGGAGGUACUGUGACUUGUUGGGUGUAGGCUAUGGUAACAACUUGGAUUGCAAUAACCAAAGGCCUUUUGCCUGAGUUGCCCUCAGCAGAAUAAAUUCACGAGUGAAUGAGUUGAAUCAAUAAAGAUAUCAGUCACUGAGUUGAAAUCAAUAAAGAGAUCAGUUAUUAGUUAAUGAGUUGAGAUCAAUAAAAAGGU